UCGUCGUCGCUACUGUUGGCGUCGAUGCACUCAAUUAUGCCAAAUCUGGCCACACUGAUAGAAAUUACAAUUUACAGUCGGUGACUGAAGUGACGUGCGUGCACUGGAAAAGUAUAUUAACUUUUAAAACAAGUUUUUUUUGGAGAUCUUUGAAAUUUAUAGUAGAAAAUUAAUAAUAUAAAAAUGUCAGACCCGGAAUUAGAAGCAAUACGACAGCAACGAUUAGCUCAGUUGCAGGCGCAAUACAAGCCUAACAAUGCCGAGAAUAAACAAGCAAUGGAAGAAAAAAUGCAAGAAAUGGAAGACAUGAGAAAUUCAAUCCUUACUCAAGUAUUAGACCAAUCAGCCAGAGCAAGACUCAAUACAUUAUGCUUUGCAAAGCCUGAGAAAGGAAAAAUGAUAGAAGGUAUGAUAUUAAGUAUGGCACAACGGGGUCAAUUAUCUAAUAAACUUGGAGAAAGGGGACUAAUUAGUUUAAUUGAAAGUGUAAAUCAACAGACACAACACAAAACUGUUGUCAAGUUUAACAGGCGAAGAGCAGCAUUAGAUUCCGAUGAUGAUGAUAAUGAUUUAUUGCAAUUAUAAAUGUUACAUGGCUUGUUAAGCGGUAACAUCACAUUGUUUUAUGUUCAAACAAGAAAUGAAGUUACAAUAUAUAAAUAUACACUUAAUUAGUUGUAUGUUCUUAUUUUUUAUGGUAUAUUGAAAUAAAAUAAAGAAAUAAA